ACACACACGCACGCUUUCCCAUUCACCUCUCUCUUCUCCCUCUCUGUCUCUGUUUCUUACAAGCACGCCAUGCUGCGAUAAUCUGCAUAUGCAGCGCUGUGAGUUCUUCGCCGUUUCAUUUUUGCAGCCAACGUCUGGGGUUCCGCGAUGUAACUACGACACUGCAAAAGUGGGUUUCGUUUUUGGUAAAACCUGAUUAAAUUUAGGAUGUAUGGUGAUUUAUGGUAAUACCUGAUUAUCUGCGUGUAUGGUGAAGAAGAGUGGAAAGGGAGUGAUGGUUGUGUUUUGAUAUUUUUCCGCUACUAACACAGUUAUGCUGCGUUUGUCAUAGUGAACUGCCUUCUGCACAGGUCGUCUUCUCCUCGUUCGUUCCCUUUCGUGCACCGACUAAGCAGUGGUUUUGUGACUGCCUUCUGUCCCAACUGAGUCCCAUCGCCGCACCCUGAACCUAGACGAUCCCUGUUUUCCCUCAUUGGAUUCUCUGGAAACAGUACUCUACUGCCGUGUCCUCCGCCCCAGGCGACCGUGUGUGUGUGUGGAGCCGUUGUCGGCCUGUCCACCCGUGAGUUCCCACAGGCGCACUUCAUCCUCGCGCCUGACUCCGCCCCUGGCGACCGUGUAUGUGGAACCGUUGCCUCCCCGUCCGCCCGUGAAUUCCCACACGCGCCUUUCAUCCUCUCCCCGCCUGCCCGCCCGCCUCCCACCGGUACAGACGCAGACAGACUGUCCGCUUCCCAGUCUCCUUCCCUCCUACCGGCGCUGCCAUUCCGCGCACAUCCCCCGCUCGCGCGCGCGCUCCUGCCUGUGUCCACCUGCGCCGUCCAUCCCGGAGCCGGUUCAGACUGCAAGGACUUUUAAGUUCUAGCACUGACCGUUAGCGACAACGACAAGGACUAAAAAGUUCUAGUCUGUCGCAGCUGCAAGGAUCGGUUAGAUUCUAGCAGGGUAAACAACAGUUGUCUGGUAAAUUGGGAAGCGCGAUUUGGUUUUAUUUUGAGGAGAAAUGUCGUGGAAGCGCGCAGUAAGCCUUCAACGAGACCAUGAGCAAGCGCUAGCUGAUGCAGCUGGAAGAACUUUCUGCAUUCCGUUGGGUGGUUCUACGAUGAGAGAAUCCGAAUUUCAAGAAGCUUUGGAUUGCCUGGAUCGCGCAACCAUUGCUAAUUUCCCGCCAGCCACGUCAUCAAACCCGCCGAGGGGUGCAGCCGUAGGAAGCGUUGCUGCUGCCGCGGCUACUUCCGCUGUUAACGACACUUCCGCAAUGCCGCACUCGCCAUUACCACAAGCGUCGCCCGACCACAGCAGCGAGGAGAGCGCGUCCACCUUCCACUGUCAAGCUGAUACUACUGGCUCUCCGAUAAUGCCGGCGGCAUCUGCGGCGCUCGAGGAGGAGUCCACAACCACCACAGCGGGGCCAACUCUCGAGAACACAUCCGACGAUACCGACCAGCUACUACCCGACCGACUGGUCAUAGCCGAUGAUGAUAAUGAUGAUGAUGAUGAUGAUGAUGAUAUCGCCGACGCUGCUGUCGACGGUGACUGCAUCGCGGCUUCUUCCUCCACUGUUACCGACCGCGCCGUUGACGUUCGCUCUGCGCCAUCUUUCACUGUGCAGGCUGGCGAGGCUUGUGCGAUCAACGACCACGAAUCCGGCAGCCCGACCGAAGAGCCGGUGUUUCAGUUGUCUCUCGUAACCGAUCCCAUACCAACUUCGGCGCAGCCGACGGCGCCGCCUGAAGAGCCGAUGACGGUGGAUGAGGCGCCAGCGCCCGAGGUAGCAGCAGCAUCUACCGGCGCGCCACCACGGCACCUAUGCCGGCCCCUAUUGCCACCGGAAGAGGUCCGCACUCUACGUGAACAAAUGAUUGUACCUCCGGAGGAAGGCUGGGAUGCCGAUCCGUAUCUCCGACCAUUGCCGGUAAUUAAGUUUCCGAUAAUGCGUGCCAAUUGCGGAGCACAGUGCAGCAAUCUUAUCCGCCUUCUUGAACUGGUCAUGCCUGGCUGGUUUGCUGUCAAGAUUGACACCAACGAUGACCUGAUUUAUAAGCCUUCAGAGCUUGAAGAUAGCUCGGAAUUUCAGAAGCAUGUCAGAGAAGGACAUGUGCAGUAUACACAGUCAAAGGUCACUCGAAUCCAUGAGGAAAUUAUUGAAGUGCGCUCGACGGACGCGACACGUAAGCCGCUGGCCGGGAUGUCCUGGACGGAAUUUAUCGCCGCCAACGCCGCAGAAUUCGAAUCCCUGAACGACCUCGUUCCACAUGUCCGCCCGGAAAUGGAGAAACUCCUGGCCGAUUCCGGCUUCCCGCAGGAGAUUAAGGAAUUCUACAUAGCUGUAGCCCAGUUGGCAGCUACUCAGGAUACCGACAAGAAGGUCUACGCCAAGUACGCCCACCUGAGCCCGAAGCUGUUGUCGAAUUUGCCCGACUGGUCGGGCCUGGUCUGUCUCGUCCGUAUGAUGGACGCCACGCAUGGCGUUCACCAGCCACGAGCAGGAAUCAACCAGGAGGAGUUAAUCGGCUCUGUGGGUGGCGUCUCGAUAUUUUGCCUGCACUGCGAAGAUAUUCUUCUGUCUUCAUUCAACUUUAACCUGUGCGGAGUGAAGAAAAUCCUGAUCUGCUGUCAUCCGGAUGAUGGGCCGACCGUCCAGCAAACGGUGAAGGAUAUCUACGUCAACGAGCUGAAAUACAAGCCGGAGGACAUUUGCGACCAGCUUACAAUCGGGCACCACCACAAGUCGGUGUUCCCGCUGAAGCUGGCACAGCGUUUGCGCCAGAUGAAGAAAGUCGUAUACUAUGCAAUGUUAGGUCCAGGGCAGGGGUUUGUUUUGCGACCAAAUACACCACAUUGGGGUGGACAGAUUGGUGCGAACUUCGCCGUGGCCAUCAACGUUGCCGACCCGGAAAAGUUUCCCGAGGAAAUUUUGGACCCAAAGAAGUAUAUCCAAUGCCAGCACGACAAAGAUACUUUAUUAGACCGGAAGUCCAAAAGCGCCGUCGGCUUCGACGACACGGAGACGCCGAAAAUUCUGCAGGCCACCGGUCGGAAGUACAAGGAGGACAUGAUUGAGAAAAACUGGCCGGACCAUCCGACCGUGGAAGAUUUCCCACUAUCGGUUCCCACAAUGUACCAAAUCACCAACGAAGCCGACCGAGAGAUAUUGCGGAGCUAUCCGACAGCACCGGAAGUGAUGGCCAAGCGGUACCUUUUCUCUGGCCGGAUAUCUGCUGCGCAUAUUCGCCUGGACUUCAACGUGCUGGGUGUCAGGCCGGAGAGUGUAAUUUUCAUUCACGACUUGCGGUGCGCAAUGAGUGAGCAGAAGGUGACAGAAAAUGGGGUGGAUUGGCAGUUCCUUGUAGCGGUUUUCUCUACUGAUGACCCUAAAGACAUUAAGCAGGCGCUUGUCGAAGACAGACAGGGAGUGGUGCUGCUUGACGGCGUCCAGCGACUUUCGGCCAGCACCCGGCACCCAUUCAAUUUUCAGUACUUCUCCGUGAUUGUCCUCCUGAAUCCCAGCAACUCUGAAUUGGAACAAAUACAGGUGCAGCAGACGCUGAACCAUGAGAAUCCAACCUUAAAACCAAGCGGGUUCCAGUGUAUUCUGUUUUUGCGGCGGGUUUUCACCAGCGUUGUCGCGGCCUUUACUGCGGAUCAUCCCAACGUCCCCCUGGAAUCUCUCCAUACUGUUUACGCGGGAGUGCGCGAUACGAACGUGGAGAAGACGUUUAAACGCAUGUUUCUCCUGGAAAUGGUGAAGGUAUACAGCGCCUUCCAGAUUCUCCUCAACGAAGAAGAAGAUUCCGUUAAUGGGGCAGAGCACAAAAGGCUGACCAUAAUGUUUUGCGCGAUGCGGAAGGUCGCUCAAAUCCCGGACACCUGCAUCAAGCAGCUGGAGCUGCUGUACGGAUUCGACACAAUCGUGCUGAAGCAUGAAAUGGGAUUUGACGAAGCUACAGGGACUUACCAUAAGCGGUACUUGGGUGAGUACAUCACUCCCACAAAACUUGCCCAGAUUCUACCGACCCGACCAAAAGAUCGAGACACGUCGGAGUACUCAAAAAUGUUUCCAACGCGAGAACACUUGUACGACUUCUUCAGCUUCCUCGUCGGCCUGUUGGUGCGUGAGAUCGACCGGCAAAGGUUUUCCGCUGUCAAAGAAUGGAAUCAGUGGGUACCAAAAUGGCAGAAAUCGAGGCGAGAAACGGUAGAAGCAGCAAACUCAGCGACAAAUGCUGCGGCGCCUAGCAGCAUCAUGAUGAGUCCGACCGGAACGGGGGCAGCACCACCGCCAGAGCCACCGAUCGCACCAAAACCCAUGGAAAAGAACGACCCUUCUCCAAUCAGUGUGACGGACGACCAGGGCACUUUAUCUGACCGACUGAUUGACACUGGAAAUGCACCGGCCAGCCACCCGACCACCGUGGACCUUGUCCGAUUGGAUGUGUCGGGGGGCAAGCCGCUCGGCGAGCCAGAAGCCCGGGACAGUUCCACUGGUUUGAGUAUGACCACCACCGUCGUUCCCAAUCAGGGAGCCAUGGACAGCACUAGCCGCAAUUUGCCGGUCGAUUCGGACUUAUCCGCCAACCCCGCGGCCGCCUUUGCCGACAGGUCCAACAUCACGGAGGAAGCGGUAAAGCCGGUCGAGACGGACACUGUCGGGGCAGCUGGGGCGGCGAAGCAGAAGCCGGUCAGCGAUGCGGGAACCAUGAACUCCACCAACAGCCCCCCCAUCAGCCUGAGCGUUUCCGAUCCAACGGCCGAUGCCGAACCGAAAUCCGGACGCACCGCAAAAACUCCGGAAUUGCCGGUCGGUGAGGACAAAAAGGGUUACCAGAGCCGCAGUCGCCGUCAAGGAAUCCGCCACCGCAGCAGAGCCGGCUAAGAGUAAAUCGGCCAAAGAAGCCACCAAAGAGCCGGAUACCAAACCGAAGGCCGAGGCUUUGGAAUCCGACGACGAAAGCGAUGAGGAUUACGUUCCAAAUGGUGGCCCAUCGCAGCGGGGUAAGGGCCGGGGAAAGGGGAAAGGCAAGACCAACGGUGGAGCCGCGGCUAAAUAUUUUUGAUAUCGACAGAAAAGGCAGAAGCCGGUAAAGCCAGCACCGGCCGCAACCACUGCCGAUCCGGAAUCCGUACCGGCUGCUUCUUCCUCU